UCAUGAUUUGAAGAGUGAUUGUGGAACUAGAGAAGCAUCUCUUACAUGGAAUGAUAAUUUAUAAUGACAACUAGACGUUUGGAGAAGCGUUUAAUUUUAUGUUGAUACCCUGUGGAGAAUGUUUUCGAGUGCUUCGAGGAGUCGGUGAACGAUGUUAAAGGUUACUCACCAGCUUAAGAAAAAGCUCUUUCUGGGAGAAAUCGAUGACAAAACCGACAAGGUGAAAGAGAGAGGUAGCUCGAAAACGAACGAGAUGCAGACUUCUGGAUUAGCAGACGGCAACUCGCCAAUAAACAAGCGAAAGUCUUUGCCGGCUGUGCCAUCUCCAGAGGAAGAAAAGUCGAUGAAUUUAUCGGUUGCAAAGCAGAGGUCACCAACAGCUAAUCCUACCCAGGUGAAGGCGUAUGGGCCCUAUUUCCUCGAGUACACGCUAAUGGCGGAAUACAAUCAACUCAGAAGUCAAAGAAUCCCAGGUGUUUAUGUCCUUCCUGCUGCCAAGUCUCCUCUUGUAUGGUUUGGAGUUAUUUUUAUCAGGAUGGGCUCUUAUCAAGAUGGUAUAUUCAAGUUCAUAAUGAAAAUUCCUGAAAAUUUUCCUGAUGGAGACUGUCCUAGUGUUGUAUUCAAGCCCCCAGUGUUUCAUCCCAUUGUAAAUAUGGAGACUGGAGAAUUAGAUGUUAAGCGAGCUUUUCCUAAGUGGAGGAGAAACAUAAAUCACUUGUGUCAAGUGUUGCUGUAUGCUAGAAGGAUAUUUUAUAAAAUUGAUAUGAAGAAUCCGCUUAAUCCUGAAGCUGCCAACUUGUAUGAAAAUGAUAGAGAUAAUUUCAAACAAAAAGUUAACAUGUCACUUAGAGCUUGCCUUAAUGAGCUUCAUCUACCUCUAGCAGAUGACCCUCAUGCAAUUAGGUUUGUUGAACUCAGCCCUGAUCAGCAUGAUGAUUUAAAGACUCAAAUUAUUGAUAUUCAGAGUAAACCGGAAAGUCUUCCAACAGCUAAUGCGCACAAGUCUGGUUUAUCGUGGAUGAGGAAAGGUUCCAAUCAAAUUUUUAGCAAGCAAGAGAGCUAGCAGAGUGUUUAAGUCUACUAAAUGAAAAUAUGUAAAUAAACAGACAAACACUCUUAUAGGAGUUCCAGAUUUUUUUUUUCUCAAUUUUUUAAAGGAAAUACAGAAAGUGGACAGGUCAAAAGAGUGUAUAAGAAUAGAGGUACUUGAAUAGUUAAUUUUGAUUUGACUUGGCCCUUAACCCACCGACGUCACCAUGCAUAUUCUCCAUACUGUUCUCUAUACAUUUCCUAAGGUACUGACAAGGAGAAUUUGUUUAACAAACAAAAGCU